AUGAAAGUGGCUAUAGUGUAUAUUCUACUGUUAGUUGUAAACAGUCAACCUACGUUAACAAAUGAAGAGAUCAUUACCUUACCAAAAGAGAAAAUAAAAUUACUCAGAAUGUUUGAUGACCAACUUGCUCAAAAUAUUUUAUUACUGACUGGAUUUUCAACUGAUUUAAAGAAAUACCGCAAAUAUUUUACUUCAAAUCUGUUUAAUACUGUUCUUGAAAUGAAAAAGGAUGAGGAGGAAAUGGGAGUUUUUAUUGAAGAUGUUAUUAAAAGGAAAGGUGUAACUAAAAAUGGAUUUUUAGCUUGGGCAAACCUUAUUUCCAUAAAAUUUAAUUUGCAUAAUAUAGAAAAUGGGUAUGGAAAGUAUAUGUAUCUACUGAGAAGAAACAUUGAAAUUAUCAAAAGUUCAAAAGUUAUAAAAAAUCGACUUCAAAAUGAUUUUUUGGAGGAUCUAAAACUUCAAGUUGAUAUUUAUCAACUUAAACUCAAAGUAUUAGAAGAUUUGAGUUCAUUUUUAAGACUGAGAAAAAGUCCAGCAUUUUUGAAAGCACAUAGUAAAUUAUCUGAUUUUGUGUUAACACUACUCCAAUUCCAUGUCAAACAAACUGAAGUUCAUGCUAUGAUGUUACCAAAACUUCAAACACCACCCCACCCACCUCCAGCGAAACCAACUUCAUCCUCAAGACAACUUAGAAGGACUCUCAGUGAAAGUGAUUUAACAGGUAAAACUAAAAGGGAUCAAUUACAAAUUGUUCGACCAAAACAUAAAGUUGCUACAAAAAAAUCUGAUUUAGAGUAUAAAGGAUUUGAACAGAAAGGUGAAAAUCAAGAAAGUCGAACCCAGAAUCCCGUUCAACAACGGGAAACUAAAGGAACAACACGACAAGUUGUUAAUGAGCAAGAAGAACCAUCUCUCUUUUCAAAAGUUAUGAAUUAUUUUUGGCCUUCAUAUUUCACUGUCUCAACACCUCCACCUUUACAUGAGGAUAAAGCAACUCAAACCGAUUUUUCAGAAGAAGAAUUAACUUUACCACCUCCACAAAACGAAGAACAACAAUCUAGACGAAGGCAUCAUUCACAUUAA